UGCUCCCUUUAAGCUGUCCUUCUUAUUCCCAUUGUUGAUGUUUUUCGAGUCUUGGUGCAUGAAACUGGUAUUUAGUGUUCUGAUACUUAAUUUAAGCUUAUUGGAUAGCCUUACAAUCUUUUUUGUGGUCGGUAUAAUCUGUGGUUAGGAUCACAGCCAUUCUAUUUCUGGGUCAUCCGGAGGCAUCCAAUCGAUGGGAUUAAAUUCAUUUGCUUCCCAGCAAUUUCCUGACUUGAUUUGAAAUUUUGAAUGGAUUCUUAAAGAAGUUUUAUGAACUCUCUUCUUUCUCUUUUUAAUAAGAAUUCAUCUCUGUAUUGGAGAUGAAGUUGAGCAAGGAUACCGAUAAAACUUUAAUCAUGUAAUUCUCGAGAAGUAAGCCACAGCCACAAUGGAAAACUUGCAAAUCUUAGUCAGGCCUCUAUUUCAUGCAUUUCGGCAUGCAGGACCCUAAGUACUUCACUCAGAUAUGGCUUCUGGUUUGGUGAUUCAUAACAAUCCAAGAGACAAGUUUUCUUUGGGGAAAAUUAUGGUUGUUAACAAAGACUUACUCAGCAAUUUACAUGAAAACAUUCUCGGUCACAUCCUAUCUUUCCUUCCCGCAACAGAGGCAGUCCGUACUAGUGUCUUAUCUAAAAGGUGGAUUCGUGUUUGGACAUCCAUUACCGGACUUCGGUUCAACGAUUCUAUGCUUUAUUCUGGGAAGAGGAUGUCAAAAGAACACUUCAUACACUUUGUGAACAGCACACUUCUUCACCUUGGUGAUUCAAGCAUCCCAAAUGUCUCUCUCAGUUUGUCGCGUUUCCUGUAUGAUCCAUCUCAGAUUAGUGCGUGGAUCUCUUCUAUCCUAGAAAAAGGAGUCCAAAAUCUUCAUAUUCAGUAUGCUGAUAAAGUCUUUCUUUCUUCUUCUUCUUUUUUUGAUUGUAGCUCCCUAGAGCAUUUAGUGCUUCAAAUGAGAUGUACUCUUAGUGUUCCCUCAUCUGUUUGUCUCCCAAACCUUCAACACCUUAGCCUUUCUGGAAUUAGGCUAGUGAGAGAUUCCUCUACUGAUUCAAAAGAUCUGACUCUUAGCUUUCCUGUCCUCAAAGUUUUUGAAGCUAGAGGAUGUGAAUGGUCAAUGCAGAAUGUUAGCAUACAGGUCCCUCAGCUUCAAACCUUUUCCAUAGCAUUCUGGAACCGCCCAUCCAAUGAGUCAAGCAGAUGUUCCAUUAACGUUAAUGCUCCACAUCUAACUGAUUUCUCUUAUGAGGGUGAUCUAGAAAAUGAAAUCAUUCUAUCAAAUCCGUCAUCCAUUCUUAUGGCUUCUGUUGCGAUUGUUGUUGAUGAAGACAGAAAUGAUGGAAUGCAAGAAAUCAGUCCUCGAGCACAUAUGCUUCUCAGACAAGUUCAUGAAGUGGAGAGCCUAAAAUUAUGGUUCUACAAGGUACCUAUGCAUGCUAACGAUGUUUUCACCAAUCUACCUGCAUUUGGAAGGUUGAAUUAUCUGCAAAUAAAUGAGGUUAACGGCGAAGCCCUAUUGAACUUACUCCACAACUCGCCAAUCCUUAAAAAUCUUGUCUUACUUCAUGGAGUAUCUAAAUUUGAUAAAGAUCUCUUCGCUUCUGCAUCAGUGCCUCGCUGCUUUCAGUCUCGCCUCAGAGUUUUCCAGUUUGGAGGAUUUAAUGUGCAUGAUCAUGAGCUUUCUCUAGCAAAAUUUGUAAUGGAAAAUGCAGCAAAGUUGGAGAGGAUGACUAUAACCACAGCAUUUUGGCUGCAGUAUUCAGAUAUUAACAUGGAGAAGGUUAAGGAGCAGCUGCUCUCAUUUCCCAAGUGUUCCAGCUCUGCAUCAAUUGAAUUUGCUGAUGUCAAUGGUUUCUUAAUAUAAUAAAAAGGCCCAUGGAUUAAUCACGCUGCAAUUAUGCUUAAAGCUUACAGUUUCCAAGUUAACUUUAAAGUUUAAGCAUACUUGCGGCGUGAUUAUUCCUUGAUAUUCCGCAAAAUCAUCCCCAUGGCCUUCACUUGAUAACUUUAAAUUUUGCAAGUUAAAUUAUCCUUUACCUGUACAAAACUUGUUUCGAGGAAUGUUCCUUGAUAUUCCACAAAAUCGGCAAUAUUUUUCCUGGGAUUAUGCCUCCAACAAUGGUGAAUCCAUCCCAUUUUAAUAUGCACGGAUGCUCCAUUUUCUUUUCU